AUGGUUCUCGACUGGAGCGCCUUGGCUCCCGGUCCAGCUGGAACUGCGAUGUUAGGGGAAAGGGGCAUCGAAGCUGCUGCCCGCCGCGGACGCGAGCGUAUACGCCGUGAGCAAGCAGGGCAAAGAGAAGCCGAAAAAAAUCACCAAAAGGGUGAUGAUACGGCGUCGGAAGUUACACUGCUACCUACAAACCAACCAAAAGAGCUUGAGUCUAAACCGGGGAGGUCAAAGGAUGGUAGCGAUACGCCCAGGUCCUCAAUGGUUUCUGAUGCGGAUACUUUGAUAGAGCCGAGUGAUGGUCGGAAGAAAUUUGGGGGUAUUAAGGGGAAGUUGAGUCGGGUUAAGAAGCAGUUGACGGGUUGA